AUGAAUUUAGCAGACACUCUCAGCAGAUCAUAUCUCAGUGAGACGAAGGAAAACCUUGUUCCAGACAUUUCAGUGAAUGAUAUUCACUUGAUAUCAUACUUACCAGUUUCUCCAAUGAAAUAUGAAGAGUUCAAGAAAGCCACAGCAAAUGAUGCAGAAUUGCAAUCACUACUUGACACAGUAUUAGAGGGAUGGCCAGACUCGAAACCUGAAGUUCCAGAUGAGAUCAGGAUGUACUGGAAUAUUCGAGACGAAAUUUCAUGUGUUGAUGGACUUUUAUUCAAAAGUCACAAGUUGAUCAUCCCGCAGUCAAUGAGAACAGAAAUGCUAAACCUGAUUCAUAGCUCCCACUUGGGAAUUGUAAAGUGUAAGAGCUGGUCCAAAGAUGUGAUGUAUUGGCCAGGAAUGUCUAAAGACAUUGCGAAAAUUGUAUCACAGUGUGAAGUAUGUGCACAGCACUGUACAUCAAACCCGAAGGAUCCACUUAUUCCACUAGAAGUACCUGAUAGACCAUGGGCCAACAUUUCAGCAGACAUCUUUGAGUUUGAGAACCAACAAUACCUGGUAUCAGUUGAUCAUUACUCAAAAUGGCCAGAAGUCGCAAAGUUACCAGGACUUAGCAGUUAUGCUACCAUACAAUGUCUGAAGUCGCAAUUUUCCAGAAACGGACUACCCGACAAAGUUCUUACGGAUAACGGACCACAGUUCAGCAGCAAGGAAUUCAGAGACUUUAGCAAGGAGUACGGUUUUGUUCAAGUGACUUCAUCACCCCAUUUCCCGCAAGCCAAUGGACAAGCAGAAAGAACAGUUAGAACAGUCAAGAACUUGUUGCAUAAAGCCAAAGACCCAUACAAAUCUUUGCUUGACUAUCGUAAUACCAACAUCGAAGAAAUCGGUUUGUCACCUGCACAGAUGUUCUUAGGCAGAAGACUAAAAACAGAUCUUCCUACUGCUUCUCCACUCUUAUGA